CGCUUUGUUUCAGCCCUUGUGUGAUACACAUAAACAUUUCGACAGAAAGUCGACGUUUGCAAACUUAUAGGAGAGAAAACCAAACCACAGCCAGCCAGCCAGCCAGCCAGCUGUUAGCGCGCGCUGGGCGAAGUUCGCAGCUCUGUAUCCUAGCAACGGUCAACUCGCCGACUGGGCGCUAGCGGCGACAUGGCCUCCUGCGAAGAGAUUAUCAAAAAUUACAUUAAGAAGCGUGGAGUAAAGAGAGCAUCAGAUGUCACUGAGCUGUGCCUGGCAAACAAUGGAUUAAUACAUUUUGCUGAUCUGUCAGGAUUCCAGAUGUUGAAUUACCUCUGGCUGAAUAACAAUAAGAUUAGAGAUGUGAGUGGCUUGAAACACAAUCACGGAAUAACAGAAUUGUACCUUCAUGACAAUCAGCUUACCAGUGUCACAGGAGCUCUGAACCAUUUGAAAUCACUGCAAGUUCUUAUGCUUCACAACAACCAGUUGACAAAGCUGGAGAAAACCAUUUCAGAACUCAAGGGAAUGCAGUUUCUAAAGACUUUAAGUUUAUUUUUGAAUCCCUUGGCUCAAGAGUCACCAUAUCGCCUUUAUGUAAUUCAUCAUCUGCCAUUACUGAAGAUGCUUGACAAAAAAGAGAUUAAACAAGAAGAAAAAGAUGCAGCAUUUAGUAAAUACAGUCCUGAGCGUUUCAGAAUUCUGCAGUCAAUAGCUUUUGGGAAACGUGUGGAGUCUGUGGUGCCAAACAGCCAGUCCAGAGCUCUCAUCCAGCAUGGUGAGUAA